AUUCUGUCCUUGAUAGAGCGCAACAAUUGAUGUUGUUUGGUACAUAGUUAUGUUCCUUCUGAUUACAGUGCUUGUUAACUUGGCUUUGUCAGCUACCUUUGCCAACGCCAUUUUUCCAGACAUUACAUUACACGAGUGUGCUUUAACAAAAGGAUGCUUAAGACCUGCUAUGUGUACCGAGUCAUCUUGUGCAUUUCUUGUCACCUGGAAGUUGGUGUCCGUGAAGUCUGAAAAUUACGUGGAAUUUGAGCUUAGAGGGAAUGUUCAAAAAGUUACAGGCUUUAUAGCGCUGGCUUUUUCAAAAGAUCAAAGAGUGGGUGACGAUGGUGUCGUUGGCUGUUAUUAUCAAUCAUCAACAAAUACUGUGAAUAUUCGGGCUGGAUAUAAUGAUAUAGCUGGUAAAACUACGAAUUUCUAUAAUGGACCAGAUGAAGAAUUAUUAAUAACAGAUGGUGAGAAUUUAGGUGGUACAUUUAAUGCAAUGGAUGGUACAUUACAAUGUCGUUUUAGACGACGUGUUCGACCACUGGAUACGAUUCAUCAAUUAAUGGAUUUAACAUCACCGAAUGCAUAUCAUUUGAUUGUUACUCGUGGUGUUGAACGUAAAAAAGAUGGAUUCGGUCGUCCUUUUGCUGGUGGAGAAUCAGUGUCUCAACGUCCGGUUGUCAUUACUUCACCUAUUUAUGGAAGUAUGACAGGUAUAAUUGGUCGUGGUUCCGCAAUUGCUAAAACUCAUGGAUGUCUUAUGGUAUUAGCUUGGGUAUUAUGCGCUAGUAUUGGUAUUAUACUAGCUCGUUAUUAUAAAGAUGUAUGGCCUAAUUCUGGCCUAUUAGGUGAACGUGUCUGGUUUCAAUCUCAUAGAAUAUUACAAGGCAUAUGUGUCGGUUUAACGUGUAUUAGUAUAAUUUUGAUUUUUAUCUAUUGUGAAGGAUAUUCACAAGCAACAGCAUAUCCAUAUUACAUACAUCCAAUACUUGGUUUAAUUGUCUUCUCUUUGGCUUUGAUUAAUCCAAUUAUCGCAUUAUGCCGUUGUAAUCCAGCCCAUGAAUACAGACCUUGGUUUAAUUGGAUACAUUUUUUCAUUGGGACAUUUGCUUAUGUACUAUCUGUACCAACAAUGAUGUUAGGUUUACGUAUGCCUGCUGCUGGUCUUCAACUACAAUUUAUUAAUUAUCCAUUAUGGAUUUUAAUAUUUUUUGUAAUCUUCCAAUUUAUUAUUGAAAUUACUCUGGAGAUACAUGGAUGUUUCUAUUAUCGUCGAAAUAAAAAUAAGCGUCGAACAUAUGUACUAGAGAUUGAUCAGUAUCAAGCUGCAAAACGUUUAAACAACGCACGUCAACCAAGACCUCCAGAACCGGAACCUUCUGGUCGCAUGUUCAAAUAUUUCAUAAUUGGACUCCAUGCUACAGUUUGCGCAAUUGUUGCCGUUAUCCUCGUCAUAAUCAUAGCAGUCAAUUAAUAGUUAUUUUCUGUUUAGCUUUUACACUACUUAACUGUUUUAUCAGUAGUCUAAGUAACUAUUGUAAAUGUGCCUUAUAUACAAAUGUCUCAUCUAUAACUGGCCAUAUUUCUUUACAUUAUCGUUAUCGUUUACAUGUAUUCCGUUUCUUUUUUUUCGUUAAAUCUUAAUCAAUUUUUUCGCGCGUGUAUCCGUGACCUCUCAUUUUAUCGCUGGACAUAUAAUUAAUGAGUACAAUUUCAGCUGUAACGUGUAAAACGUCAUCGAGUUCGAAAAAACAUUUCACAGAUAUUGAAAAAAACGCGAGGAAAAUAACUUUAUUCAUAAAUAAUAACCUUGAAUGACGCAAGUUAGUUUAUUUUAUUGGAGUUCCUCCAGAAAACCCUUCUAUCCUUCUAAAUAUUGCUUAUAACUUGUUUUAAGUUCAAUUGGUUUUUUGUGCCUUGUUUUAAGGAUUAAUGGGACAAAGAAGAGGUAAAUACGACUUACCUUUAAAGAUUCUUCUGUGAAACAAAAUAUUUCUUGUCGACGAGUACACACAAACACGUUAGUGGUGAUAUAUCACGUAUAUAUAUAACAUUUAUGCACCACACUAAUAUUUAUAAUGCUGCACCAUUAUUAUUAUUAUUAUUAUUAUUAUUAUUAUUAUUAUUAUUAUUAUUAUUAUUAUUAUUAUUAUUAUUUACCAUUGUUCUUAGCAUUAACAACGUUUUUAUCUCUCCAAUUCAACCAGUAUUUACACAAAUAUUUAUCAGUGCCGUCAUGUAUUAUUAUUGAUAACGAAUUCGGUUAUAUACACUUUCAAGAUCCAUAGCUUCUGUUUUUUAUAUUAAAAACCGUUCAUUUACAAAAAACAACUCCCUUGAUGCUUUCUCUUUCUUUCAUUCCACUACUGUUUAUCGUUGUUUAUACCUUUUCAGUUCAUUAUAUCUAUCUCAUUUUCCAGUUAUUUAACCCUUACCAAAACAAUUGUUUAUUCUUGAUACGCAUAUGCUCUCUUCUCUCCCCCUAUAUGCUAUACCUUUUUGUUAUUCUUCAAACACAAUCGUGUUGUUGUCCUGACAUUUAGGUUUAUUUGCCGAAUUUGUUAACUUAUUUAUCAUUUUUUCUCUACCUUAAUUUUUUACACUAUUCGUUUGUGCGCCGGCUAAUUUUGUCUUGUUUUUGCUUUUGGUUCAAAUCCUUUUUAAUUUAAACUGAAUAAAAUGAGAAAAGAUGUUUAUAUAUAAUACAUAUAUACAUAUACAAUCAA